UAUCCUUACCUUUUAGUCUAAGGCAUGAACCUUUUUUUCCCGACUCUUCUUCCUUUGUCUCUCUGUUUCUCUGUUUCUGAAUGGGGUGGCUCUUGUGUUACCUUGUAACACUGCUCGUAUCUCACAUCCUGUCAUUAUGUACCUGCCAAGACAAAAUAGUACCAGGACAGUAUAUCGGUGGUAACCACACUUUGGUUUCUUCCCUUGGGACCUUUUCAUUAGGCUUCUUCAAUCCUAAUGAAAAUUCUACUAAAUACUUCCUUGGUAUGCGAUUCAACAAAUUCCCAAAUACUGCUUUAGUAUGGGUGGCUAAUAGAGAAUCUCCACUUGAUUCUCCGGAUUUCUUUAUGCUCAGCAGCGAUGGAAAUCUUGUGGUGUUGGAUCAAACUAGAAAACUUGUCUGGUCAACUAAUGCAUCAGUAUCUGCUUCUGCAAUGAAUCACACAACUGGAUUACUAGAGGAUACCGGAAACCUUGUUCUGAGGUUUGAAGAAGUCACUUUGUGGGAGAGCUUCGAUCCCUGUGAUACUAUGUUGCCUGGCAUUAAGAUUUCCUUGAACAAAAAGACUGGCCAACAAAGGCGCCUUACAUCCUGGGCUGCGCUUGAUGAUCCACAACCCGGGAAGUUCACCUUCGGAAUAGAUCCUAAAGUACCAGUUCAGGCCUUUAUCUGGAAGGAAACUACUCCGUAUUAUAGAAGUUCUGUGUACAUUGGCAAGGAUACAGCACAUUUUCAAAAUCCAGGUGGAACCGCGUUUUUCCUUUCAUACAACUUUGAUGUUGAUGAUGUUUAUCUUGCUUACAGUGUCUCGGAUAGCUCAGUAAAAUUGAGGGUCUGGUUGGAUCCUACAGGGCAAAUUAAACAGCAGUUGUGGCAGAAUUCUAGUAAAACGUGGUUGGAACUAGGAAAUUCACGGCCUGUUGAUAACUGUGACUUUUAUGCUCAUUGCGGUCCCAAUAGUGCCUGUCGUAGAGGUGAACCCCUGUCAUCACCAUGCAAAUGUUUGACUGGUUUUUCGGCCAAGUUUCCAAACCAAUGGGCGGUGGGGAAUUGGUCCAGUGGCUGCGUUAGGGAAAAGGUGUUGACAUGUGGUAAUGGCAUAAAAAGUUACUUUUCAAAGCUUGAAAGGGUGAAACUGCCGGAUCAUUUUGUUCUGUUAAACAAUAGGAGUAUGAGCGAGUGUGAAUCUGAAUGUCAGCAGAACUGUUCUUGCACAGCUUAUAAUUAUGUAGAUGCGACAGAUGGAAGUAAUAUUGGGACAUGCUUGGCCUGGUUUGGAGAAUUACUGGAUCUAGAAGAGAAUAAAACUAUUUUUGCAAAUGAUAUUUAUAUUCGUGUUCAUGGCUCCGAACUAGAUUCAUCUGAAAACAUAAAAUUGGAAUGGGGCAAACGUAUCCAAAUUAUAGAAGGUAUUGCUCAAGGAAUGCUUUAUAUCCAUAAGUACUCUCGAUUGAAAAUCAUUCACAGGGAUCUGAAAGCAAGUAAUGUUCUGUUAGAUGAAAAAAUGAAGCCAAGAAUUUCAGACUUUGGAAUGGCAAAGAUAUUUGAGAAAAAUCAAACUGAAGCAAAUACAAACAGCGGUUACAUGUCACCUGAAUAUGCAAAGUAUGGUCAUUUCUUUGAGAAAUCAGAUGUAUUUAGCUUUGGAGUGCUGUUGUUGGAGAUUAUAAGUGGAAAGAGGAAUGCUGCCUUCUAUCGUUUUGAACAUCCAUUAACUCUUGCGGGAUGGGCUUGGAAACUAUGGAAAGAAGGCAGAGGAAUGAAGGUGAUUGAUGCCUAUGUGAGAAAAGAAUGUCCAUUUGAUGAAGCUUUAAGGUGUAUGCAUGUGGCUUUUUUGUGUGUUCAAGAAGAUCCAAUUGAUCGACCAACAAUGGCAACUGUAAUUCACAUGUUAGGCCAUGAGACUACAUCAUUUCCACCCCCUAAAGAACCUGCGUUUUUGGCACAUAGUAAUUCCAGUGUUGUGGGUUCAUCUCCAUCAUCUAGCACUUUUUCCAACAAUGCGCUCACCAUUAGUAUACCAGAAGGUCGAUAGAGGCUUCAUAUCUUUUGGUAGGACAGCCUUUUGAAAGAUACACCUUCA